AUCAGGAUGUACACCUGCUUUUGAUGAUAAUGAGAAAAAUGCAUUCAUAAAUAAAGUUACACAAGAGUUAUACAAACUUUUACAUGAAGUUAUUAAUACACUAAGUUUAAAUUUCAGUAUUACAACUACUAAAUGA